UUUAGCAUACAAACAGAGGUACAAAAAAUACAGGUAAAAGCAGCAUGCCAAAGCCACUUAUAUGCAUACCAUUACGGGCUGGCUUAAAAUUAACUUAAGAUUAACUAAGCAAUGAUGAAAUGGUCCGAGUCGGACCGAAACGUCGUCGUAAGCUUCUCUCUUUUAUGUGCGGGUUAUUUGUAAUCCACAAAACAUUAACUUAGUUGAUGUUUGGCACUAUGGGAAUGAAGCGACUGAGAUCAUCUGUUAAAUCAGACCAUAAAUUCAUGAAGGUGCAGAAGCAUUUACAGCAUGAUCCGCCACCUUGGGGACCCACUAAGGAAGCUUGUGAAAGACUCUCAUCUUUAUAUAGUGCUGAGACACGUCUAGAAGAGCUUAUGACAAAAACACUAACUUUAGGAGAGAGCAGCUCUCCAUUUGUAUUUACUGCAACAGGCACUAGCAAGUCUUCAAAGGCAAUAAGGUCAAAGGAGCAUAGACGAAGGAGGCGUUUAGAGCACUUCAAAGGUCGAAGAUCCACAUAUAGCUCAUUGGAGAAAGAGAGAAGAGUGGACUUGCGUUAUUCUUUCGAGUACCUCCGCCUGCUUGUACCUGAAACCAAGAUCCUUGAUAAGAUCCCUAAGAUCCAAAUCCUUAAAAAGGCAGCCUUACACUGCAAGCAUCUCCAACAAACAGAACAGCAGCUACUGAAAGAGAAGGAAAAGUUAAAAAAACAGCUGGAAGAACUUGAACAGCUGAGAUUGCAAUGUAGUUGAGAUGGUGCUGUAAUCCACUCACCUGUAUAUGUAGUUAGUUGUAAGAUAAAAAAUAUUUAAAAUUGUACAUAAUAUCAAGGAUAGCAGAUAUCAAGGGAGCAUUGAAAGAGAGAGAGAGAGAGAGCAAAAGGUUUUUCAAGUUUUGAUAUAAGCUGCCUUUAUUGUACAGUGGUCCCUCGUUGUUCGUAAUUAAUCCGUUCCUGGAGCCGUUACUAUAAACGAAAUUUACGAUUUACGAAUCAAUUUUUCCCAUAAGAAAUAAUGUAAAUACAAUUAAUCCGUUCCUGACACCCAGAAGUAUUAAAGCAAAAAAAAUUUUAACAUGAAAUAUACAUGUAGUACAUAAACAAUACAAUGGGAAAUGAUGAAUGAAACAUUAACAGCAUAACACUUAC